AUGGUCGACAUCAACCCGGCGGCCCUAAGCCGGCCGUCCAUCGGCCUCUCGACGCCCUCCUUCCCGGGCAAAUCGGGCUCCAUCAACGUAUCGGUCCCGUCGUCAGCGUCGGCAUCGGCGUCGGCGUCAUCCGCGCACAGCAAGCCGCAGAAGACGAGCCUCGUCCCGCCGCGCAUCGACCUCGAGCCCAUCUACACUGCACUCAAGGCUGCCAUUGGUGCCGAGCAAUGGCCGGUGUAUAAGGAGACGCUGACAAAUUUUCUGAUUGGCCGCCUCAACCAAGCCGAGCUAAGCGAACGCAUCGACCCGAUCCUGGCCUCGCAGGACGGCCAGAAAGAACAUCUGCAUAACCAGCUGAUCGCCGCCAUCUACGCCAAUGUCACGCGCGAGAUGCCCGACCCAGGGCUCGCGCCCUGGGUCAGCGCGAAUGACAAGCCUACUACCGCGCAGACCAAGCCCGUCACCGGCGAUGCUAAUGAGCGCCGGCUCAAGGGAGAGGUCAUGCAGCUGCCGGCGAGGGAUCGGAGGAGGAUCAAGGAGCUGGCGCAUAAUGAUUUCGACCCCUACGACGCCCUGGCCAACGUCCUCAUGGAACAUGCGCGCGCAAAACCUCCCAAGAUCGCCGAGCCGCCUGCCAGUGCGGGCGGCCUGAAAAUGAACUUCGACCUCGAAAUCCGCAAACGCUACGCCCAACCCCUUGCCGUCGAAUCCGGCGAAUUCCCCGACACAUCCAACAUCGAGUCGCGCAUGCUUCCAUUCUGCUACGAAGCGGGUCUCUCCUCCGGCCACGCCCCCGACGCAGCGCAAUUCAUGUCCAUCGCGACCGAAACCUUUAUCAAAGAAGUCAUGUCGGCCAUCUUCAGCCGGACACGCUCCAACGGUCCCGGCGACUCAGGGAGUGCCGGCUUCGGCUUGGGCAGCGGCUGGAUCCAGACGCAUCGGUAUCGGAAGCAGCUGGCUAAAGAGGAGGAGGCCUUCCAGAGGGGUGAGAUCAGCAGGGAUAAGAUGGGGCUUUUGCCGGUCGAGGCCAAGGCCGCGAGCGAGAGGGGCCCGCUGGGCAUGGCAGAUGUGAGGCUUGCGCUGGAGAUGGGGGAUUGUGGGUUGGCCGGGUUUCCGGUAAUUGUGAAGAGCGUGAUUUACGGCUGGCGGGAGGGAGAGCUGGAGAAUUGGGAAGAUUAUACGUAUGUUGAUCCGAGCAGACCGGACGGGAUUGCUAUACCCAGCAGAGGGGAUGGCGAUGUCGAGAUGGGCGGUGUCGGGGUCAACGGGGUUGUGAAGGGAGAACCCGAGCCACAACAACAGCCGCUUGCGAAUGGGGUGCAUGAUGUUGACGCGAUGGAUAUCGAUGGCGUUAGUGUCGCAGGAGGAGCAGCGAACGAGAUAUGGUGGGAGGGCGCAGAGCCCGAAACCUCGGACCUGCUCAAUGCCGUGCUGGACUCGUGUCUGGCGGUGAAUUAG